AUGAAAAGAGGGCGUGAAGAGAAGAACAGCCACGAGACCUUACCAUCGCCAACACGACUUCGUCACGGUGGAGUUAUCGAUAUACCUUAUGAUCUUACCGUGGAGAUACUCAAGAAACUUCCGACCAAAUCUCUAGUGAGUUUCCGAUGUGUCUCAAAGCUGUGGUCAUCAAUAAUCAGCAGCCGUAGAGACUUGAUAGACUCAAUCUUGAUUCGUUCUUUGAAUCAGCCUCCGCGUGAUGUCCAUAUCAUCUCCAGCUGCUACGGUAUAAACAAAAGUAUCAUAGCCUUGUCGUCUACUGACAAAGAAUUAGUAUUACUCCCUGGACAAUGUCAUCAAUCUGUCCGCGGCUUGAUUUGUUGUUGGUCAGAAUGUCAUAGUCCUUAUAUGGUAGCUAUAUAUAACCCUACCACAAGGCAGUCCUUUGACUUACCAGAGUUGAAAUCCAAGCAUAGAGGCUAUUUCUUCUUCGGAUACGACCCUCGAAAGAAUCAAUACAAAGUAUUGUAUCUACCAGCAAUUAGUAGGGUUGAGAGUUGCCAAGUUUUCACAUUGGGAGAUCCCUCAGCUAAGCAUUGGAGGAACAUACAAUACGUUAUCCCACCUGAACAGUCCAUGUUGUUAGGUGUAGUUUGCAUCAAUGGUACUAUCUAUUACCGCGAAGCGACUAUGAAGAUUGAUUAUCCUUUUCCUGUAGAUAUCAAACUUAUGAGUUUUGAUGUUGGCUCCGAGGAAAUUAAUCAAGUAGAGGCUCCAAAACUACUGAUGCAUUUGCAUCGCGAUUCGACUCUGGUUAACUACAAAGGCAAGUUAGGGCUCGUCUCUUGCGAGAUGGGCGUGGAAAUUUGGGUUAUGGAAACACAAGGUUGGUCCAAGUGCUUCUUUUGUGAGAUGUGGGGUUUUCAAAGAUGGUUCAUCUCGGGAGCUACUCGUGGUGGUGAGAUUGUUUUUGUCGAGUCCAGGCACUUCUCUUUCAACAUGUUACGUGUCUUUUAUUAUGAUCCAAAGCGAAACAGUAUGCGAUAUGUUGACCUCGAAAACUGUUAUACAGAGAAAGGAAGCUGUAAUAAGGGAUACAUAUCUACAAUCUCGACUGUUCCGGAUCAUGUUGACAAUACUAUGGGUUUGCAUUAUAUGAUAGAAUGA